GCAGAGCCUACGGUGAAUCGUCACCCCCGAUCACGACUGAGUGUUGCGUUGCGGCCGGGACAAUUCGGCUUUCGUCGCUCGUACCGAGUCGAGGUGAGCUUGUAAAUCCCGCGUGCGGUUAAUCGUGCGUUUAAAACAUCCACGCUUUUUUACAUCUCAACCAUCAUCCACUUAUUUAACAUCUCAUAUAUUUAUUUUAUUAAUUUUACAAUCAUAAUAAUAAAUAAUUAGAAAAUUAAGUGACAGUGUCUGCUGAUAAAUUCAUUUAAAAAAAAAAAAUAAGACUUCAAGAUUACGAGGGAUUUUAGUGCUGGUGGAUUUUAGUGCUCGUGUUUAAAUAAAUAAAUAAAUUGUUUAUUCAAAAUAUAUAUAUAUAUAAAUAUAUAAACGGUGAUUGUGUUAGGAUUGGUGAAGUGUAAUUAAUUAUAUUAUUUUAAAGUAAUUGAUUAUUAAGUAAUUAAUUUAUUAAUUAGAGCUUGAUAAAUUUUCUAAAAAUUUAAAUAUUUGAAAAUAACGAGUGUAGUUUUUUUUUGUAACUGAAGAUGGUGAUAUACUUUUAAUGGAAAACUCGAUGAUGGAUAUAAGGACACCGUGAAAGCCGCGAUGUCAGCAGUAACGAGUCCUUAUGGCCCCACGGAGAUGCUCUCCGACUCGGUAUACAAUUACGCGACGUCCCGUCGGGGCACUUCGAGCGCAGACCAAGACAGCGGAGACUCGCAGUAUGAUGGGCCACCAAGUGUGCGUAAUCAGCUGAGUGCCCAGAAACCGCGUAAUAAAAGAAAAAAUUUUAAGCCAAUAAGUAGUCGAAUGGCCGAAGUGUCCGACGAUGAGUCCGAGCAAGAAGUCGAAGACGACGGCGAGGUUAUGGAGGAAACAAAUAGUUGUAACGAUAUUGUUGAGUACGAAAGGAAAACAUUGCGUUCAUUGAGCAGCGAUGAGCAAUUACAGAUGCAAUUACAACAGAGGCCCGCUAAGCGGCUCAAUAAUAAUGAAACUAGUCCAAUGGAUUUGUCUGUUGCCACGAGACCGCCAUCUUCUGAUGAAGACGACGAAAGCACUGAUUCUAUAAGACAUAAGUGUAUUUUAGAACACCUCAGAUCACAGAAACUCUAUUCACCUUCGGGGGAGGCACGCAGUCCCAUGUCCGAGUCGGACAAGAGCGAUGCCGUUGAAUCGAGCCGGCUUGACGACCAGGACACGCCGUUCGAUGAUGAUCCAGCUGAUGCUCUUGAGUCUGAGGUAGAACGCAAACCGAUUGAAGGGAUCCCAGAGUAUGCUGAGUCAAUGAUGCAAGAACUGCUGGCGAGUUAUGGUCUAGCAGGUGGUGAACUUGUUAAAAAUGUCAGCAGACAAUUGCCGCCUACGUUUCUUAAUCCACAUACUGGUCAGCAGUUGCAGUUACGUACUAUUAGCCAAAGUUUGUCUGAAAGGUCGAGUCCUAUACAAAAUUCUGCCCAAGAUAGAGUGAGAGUGAAAGAAGAAAAGGAAGCCUCGUCAACGGCACCAGGAAGUCCCCCGACACCACCCCACACACCCCAAAGUCCACCACGUUCAGCAAACAAUCCGUCCGGGAUAUCGCAGUCAUCACAACCAAUCACUUCAACUUCGCCGAGCCUCAAUCAGAACCAGCAGCACCAUCAUCAGCAACAUCAACUGGGUCAACAUGCGCUUCACAAUUUAGCUAAUUCUCCACUAAGUCAAAUUUUAUCAUCAAACCCAGCAUUAGCGCAAUUGUUGCAACAAAAUCCAGCCAUACUGUCACAAAAUCCGCAAUUGGCGCAAUUACUUCAGGAAAGUUUACAAUCUCAUAUGGGAAAUGUCUUAUUUUCCCCCGGACGUCGCGAUGAUUCUGACGAACGGGUACCAAUUGCAAGUCUAGCAGCAAUGAAAGUUGAAACAGACCCUAAAGUUUCCGCAUUGCUGAGUCAGAGCAUGUCGCCAGUUCCUGACAGCAUUGUCACAGCAACAAAGUGUCCGAGUAUCAGCACACAAUCGCUUCAUCAGCAACAACAAUCAGCACAACAACAAAUAGACUAUUCGCGUUAUGUGAGACGUUUUUCAUCGGCCCUCGAAUGCGGGUCAUCGUAUUGUAAAGAAUUGGGCUGUCGCGAGCAUUUUCAUUGUCUUGAUUGUAGCGGGCGGGUGUUUGUCAAAAAAGAAGAGAUGAUACGUCACUUCAAAUGGCAUAAAAAGCGCGACGAGUCACUGCAACACGGUUUCAUGCGUUAUUCGCCAACUGAUGAUUGUUCAGAGCGACAUCCAAUGCGAUCUUGUCCACACAAUCGCAAACAGACUCAUUACCAUUGCAUUCAUGAUAACUGCGAUAAAGUUUACAUCUCGACAUCGGAUGUCCAGAUGCAUGCAAACUAUCAUCGGAAAGAUUCCGCUAUUAUUCAAGAAGGUUUCCAGCGUUUUCGAGCGACAGAAACAUGCGGGACUGAUUAUUGUCCAUUUGCGGGUCAACGGACAACGCACUUUCAUUGCAGACGUUCUAAUUGUCGGUUUACGUUCAAAAAUAAAGCUGAUAUGGACAAACAUAAAUCGUACCACAUAAAAGACGAACAAUUGUCCCGGGAUGGGUUCAAAAAAUUCAUGAAAUCCGAAGCGUGCCCUUAUGAUCAAUGCCGGUUUUCACGCGUUUGCAAUCAUAUUCACUGCAUUAGACCACACUGCAGUUACGUCCUUCACUCGUCUGGGCAGUUGUUUUCCCAUAAACGUAAGCAUGAGCGUCACGAUUCAGAACUUGCGUAUCGGAAGUACAAGCAAGUCAGCGGACCUGGUGGCCGUCAGAUAAAUUGGGAUGAAUUGGCUGGAAAUUCUAGCAUCCUGAGUAUGAACGGUGAGAGCUCUAAUGAGGAACGCGCUUCGCCUAGUUAUUAUUCCUUGGAAGAUUCGUUUCAAAGUGCCAGUGAUUUAGCUAUGGAUUUGACAGCGACUACGAAUAUUAGCGCGUCAUUAGCUAGUGCUAGUUCAACAUCUCUUAUAGAACAGCCUUCUUCACCUGGAUUAGGUGCUAUGGUUAAUAGUCAACAGCUUACGGCCUCCGAAUUGACUUAUCUGGCCCCAGCUUCAGCAGAUUGUCCCUGCAAUUAUAAAAGUGAGCAUUACCAUUGUGCGUUAGAUGGUUGCGGAGCUACACUACGCGAUCCCAGGGAAGUUCGGGAACAUCUACGUGAACACGAAACUCAAGAACGGAUCACGGAUGCCUACUUCGACGAAGGCACUUGCGAAGAUUGUCCGUAUGCUGACAAAGAAAAACAUUAUCACUGUAAUUGGGAAAAUUGUAAAGAAGUUAUUUUGGCGACUGACAAACCCUUCAGACGGUUACAGCACUACAAGAUCCAUGAGUACACGAGGCAGUUGAACUUGAAUAGCACGACGCAGAUCUUGUCGUCAGAUGUUACAUUGACGCACUUAACAAAUAUCGACGCAAUGUUUAGGAGAAAACGCGGUCGACCACCAAAGAACCGUGUAAUUGAAAUAUGGUCUGGUGGCGGUGACUCUUCCAGUCAUACCCAAGAUUCACCGCAAGCUAUUUUUACGAGCUUUAAAUUACCUAAACCCUCACCUACUUCAAAUGCCGGUCCUAGUCCUAGUCCAAUUCACGGUCUUGGUCCUAGUCCAGUUCCCGGUUCUGGUCAAGGAAUCGUUGCCGUUCCCGAUGACGAUGAACGCGAAGGUAGCGAAUCUGACAGCACUGGAGAACCAGAAGGAUUCGCGACUUAUAAUGCUGACUCGUGUCCUGACUCAACCUGCGUCAUUCGUGGAACGAGACACCAUCACUGUUCGCAAGCCAGAUGUUACUUUGCAACUGACCGACCGGAUCAAUUGCUGAUGCACAGUAAAGACUUUCACGAUAACGUUGAUAUCCUACCGGGUUUCGCGUUCUACGACAAAAUGGUUGACUGCCGGCUGCCAAGUUGUCACAGCAACCGGGUCCAUCGGCACUAUCACUGCACGCGAAUUAACUGUGGGUACUCUUUCGUGCGUUACUCAACGAUGGCACAGCACGAGAAGCAACACAUGGGCAUCGAUAUUCACGACCAAUCCAUCGAGUCUGGAUCCAUCCAAGAAUGCUCUCCGCUUCUGAAUCAAGCUCAAGCUCAGGCUCAAAUUCAAUCUCAAUCCCAGUCCCAACCGCAGAUUGUUCAACAUCCAGAGAAACCCAGGAUCCAGGUUAAGAACCCAGCGGAUUUGAUUGAUAAACCAGACAAUUGUCAAGACGAUUCACGGUCUAUUAUCGAGGACAAAGAUGACCCUAGUCCUGAUACUAAUAAAACAACUGUGGUGAGGGCGGCAGGCACCUAUUAUCCGGUCAGCGGACCGCCGAAUGAACCCGCACUUCCGGGCGCCAUGCUAUCCAUGCGAGCUUCCGUGCACCAAGAAACACCAGUUCCUUCAACGAGCGCAUCGCCUCAUACACUCUACGGGCCGGAUCAAAGCUGCAGCCGACCAUUCUGCAAACUGAAGCGUAAAAACCACUACCACUGCAAUGCCUGCAAUCAAGCGUUUUCCGAACUAGAUCGUCUGGUGGCUCACAUCGCCAAACACUCAACCGGUGCAAUCCUAAGUCAGCAGCAGCAACAUCCAGAGCUAGUUCAACCAGCGAAUCUACCAAACCAACUUCCAACUCAGCUACCGCCUGAUUACUUGACCCAGUUGUCUCAGCAGAAGCACGACUUUAUGUCCCAGAAUGUCCAGAUGGUUCAGAACAUAACUUACCAAAACAUGCAACGUCAAAUGCAGUCCAUCAAUCAGUCGUCCCAGUCUCAAGCACAGCCACAGCAGUCACCUAUCAAAGAAAUAAAACUAGAGAGUCCCAGACCUGAAUCCGUCAACCAGAACAGCAUCAAACAUGAGCCAGUGGAAUUACGCGAAGAACUCCAUCAACCUCAACCAGACAAUAAUGAGAACAAUGGACACAUCCAAGUAUCAGCGCCUCCCAGCAACGUUCCACAACCAGUACCAGCUGGGUUUGAACUAGAUCUAAGUCAUGGGUUCCAUUUCCCGAGUCCUGCAGUCAUGGCUGCCAUGAAUCAACAAAUCGCCCUUAUGAAUCUUCCACCAUUUUUACAACACAGUGGGAUGUACGCUGGUGCUCCAAGUUUGAUGUUCGCCCCGGCAUUACCUCCUGGUAAUUUUCUACCAGGGCGCGAUGAAAAUCCUCUAGCGUCUUUAGCAGCGAAUCUUAACCUUUCAAAACGAUCUCUCUCUCCAUCGGACUCAAACUCGUCGGAAGCUAAGAAACAACGUCUGCAUCAUUCAAUGCGGAUGCUUAAAGAUGAACCGGUACCAGACGGUUACGUACGCUUUAGAUUCAACGAAGACUGCCGGUAUCCCCACUGUGGUUACCGUGAGCAUCAAACCCAUUUCCAUUGUAUGCGCCAAGACUGCGGCUAUUCUUUUUGUGAUAAAACACGUUUUGUUCAGCACACAGCACGACACGAACGUCUGGACACCCUAAUGGGCAGCGAAUUCCAACAGUACCGAGCCAACGUUCCUUGUGGGAGAGCCAACUGCGCUUAUACUUCUUCCCUAGGGUCGAUGCAAAACAAAGCAUCACACUUCCACUGUCUCAAGUGUGACUUUGUUUGCACUGACACGAACAAAGUCGUUGCACACAGACGUCAACAUGCAAAACUAGACAGCAUCGCUGCUGCGGGCUUCCAAAAGUUCACUCCAAGUUUACCCUGCGGUGCAGUUCAAUGUCAGCACUCGGGAAAACAAACUCACUAUCAUUGUUUGCAGUGUCAGUAUGCUGUUCUCGGAUUAGCUCAAAUGUCUGCCCACAAAUAUCGACAUAUUGACGACUCGUUUUGAUGACCACACGAGCUCAUACUGCGCAUGCCUGCGCUUACCGAGUUUGUUUACACUUUUGGCGGGAAAUUCAAAUAUUUGAAUUUGAAUUUUUUAGUUUUUGGGUUUAAAUUGUCAUUUUUCUUAAGGAUUAAAAAUUUUUUUACGACAAGUAAAGUAUUGUAUUGUCAUUGGGAAAAAUUUUAGCGAAUUUUAAGAAGAAAAAUUAAUUAUGUCUUUAAUUGUAUUACGAGCAGUAUUGAGCUAAUUGAUUUAAAAAAAGAUAUUCAACUAAGACUGGCGGGUUAAAAGACAACGGGGUUUGCAUAAAUUAUAAUUUUUAUGAUAUGUGUACAAUGAUAUAUAAAUAUGAGUAUAUAUAUAUAGAUUUAUAGAAAUAUUGAUUGAUAAGAACAAAGAAAAUUUCGAAAUGAAGAUUUUGAAAGUUUGAAAAAUUGUUUUUUUUUUUUUUUUUUUUAAUAUAUAUAUAUAUAUAUAUAAUGUAUGUAUCUGUAUAAUUUUUUUGCUGAUAAGUUUUUUAGACGUAGCGAGAAUUGUGUGAUGCUCAAAAAAAAAAAAAAAUAUACGAAAUGAUGGAAAAAAAAAAUAUAUGAAGAAAUAAAAUUCUCCUCCUCUUUAUUCUUUUGUUCGAAGAAAAAAAUAAUAAAAAAAUUAUUGUAAGGAAUUGAUGUUUUUAACAUAUAUAUAAAAUAUACAUAUACAUAUAUUAUUGAAAAAAAAUAUAUAUAAAUAUAAAGAUAUAAAGAUAAGAUAAUAAGUGCAAACGCGCUCUAUUGUUUUGUAGAAAUUUUCAAGGUCACAAAAAAUUACUAACUUUUUUUUCUGGUGAAUAUAGAAGAGAAUAAAUUACAUGGUGCCUUUAGGGUUUUUUUUUUUUACGGAACAAUGUAGAUGAGCGUGCCUUAGAAUCAGGUUGAUAAACAUGAACAAUAAUUAAAUUUAACUAAUUAAUAAAUUGCUGAUAAAUGGCAUCAAAAUUUAUAAAUUAACGACAGAAUAAAUAAAAUAAUAAUAAAUAUUUAUUGAAAAAAAAAAAGUAAUUGACUGUAGUGCCUUAAAGAAAAAUGAUUGGAAUAAUUUUUUGUUGGGAAACAUUAAUUUUUCUUUAAGCUCUUGGUAAAAUAUUAAAUAUAGUAUAUUUUUUAUUAACUCUUAUAAAUUAUGCUAAAUAAUUUUAAUCGUUUAUUCGUUCAAAGCUGAACUUAAUUUUUUUUUUAAUUGUGAUUUUAAUUUUUUUUAUUGAGUAGAGAUAAAUUGUGGGGUUAUGUUAAGAACAAACAAACACUCUAAGAUUUUUUCCUCUUAAAAAAUGAUGACUCUAUUUGGCUUAUUGUAAUUUUAUGUAUAUUUACAUACAAAUUAUAAUGAUUAUAUAUAAUUAUGUGUCAUGUAUGAACAUAUAAUCCAUAAGCAAGCAUAUAUUCCCCAUAUAUCAAUAUAUAUGAUCAUAUCUGAACUAUAUGUGUGAAUGUAUGAUUCAAAUAUGACUCACUUAUAAUCAGAUAUGAAGCUAUGUGAGUAUGUGUUCCAUAUAUCAAUAUAUAUGAUCAUGUCUAAACCAUAUGUGAUCAUAUAUGGACAAUAUGUGCUCGGAUAUGAUUCAUUUAUGAUCAGAUAUUGAUGUCUAUGAGUAUAUGUUACUCAUAUAUGGACAUGAAGUCUAUAUAUGUCUCAAUAUGAAGAUAUAUGAACCAUAUCUGAUCAUAUGUGAACGAUAUUUGCUUAUGUAUGAUUUAAAUAUAAUUCAUUUAUAAUCAUAUAUGAAUUUAUGUGAGUAUGUCUCAUAUGUAAACAUAUAUGAAUUAUAUAGGAUUAUGUAUAGACAAUAUAUGCUCAUAUAUGAUUUAUUUAUGAUCAGAUAUGUAUUUAUUUAAGUAUAUAUCUCACAUAUGAGCAUAUAUGUUUCAUAUAUGCCUUAUAUAUAAACCAUAUGUGGACAUAUAAAUCAUAUGUAAUCAUAUAUGAAUUAUAUGUGAUCAUAUAUGAUACGUAUGUGAUCGUAUAUAUGUGUAAACCAUAUGUCAUCACAUAGGAACAGAAUGUUCUCAUACAUACGAUUAUAUAUGAUUUAACUGUGAUCAGAUAUCAAUUUAUAUGAGUAUAUAUGCCUCACAUAUGGCAUUAUACGAUCUCAAUAUAAACAAUCAUGAAAAAUUUUUUUUAAAUUUAAAUUCUUACAGAAAUUUAAUUCAAAUUUUCCGUAAAGUUCAAUAAAAUCUCGUUUUAUUUAUUAAUUUUUAACUCCAACAUUUUUUAAAAAAUUUUUUACCAAUUUCUUGUUUAAAAAAAUAUUAGAGGUUACAUUUGAAACAAAGUAGUUUUCCUUCACAAAAUAAUUAACAAAAACAAUGAAAAGUCUUGCAGAAUAGCUAUCUUUCAAUGAACAAACAUUUGCUACAACAACAAACAAAAAAAAUAACCUCAAAAAUAAUGAACAAGAAUAACUAUCUGUAUAAUUUAUAAGAGUUAAUAAAAAAAAACUUAAAUAAUAAUAAACAUAAUCAAAUUGUUUAAUAAUAAUUAGUAGUCAUUCCAUAGUAAAACAAUAAAUUUAUAUAAAAACAAAACAAUAGUCAUAUCCUAGCCAAGUAUAUAAAUUAAGAGGGCGUUAGCAUCGGCUGGCAACAUAACAACUAAAAAUGUAUUGCGGACAAUAAAAAAAAAUUAAAAAAACUUUAAUAAGUAAAGUUGAAAUAAAAUUUAAAAAAUUAUUUAUAAACCAAAUAUGGUUGUCUUGGUUUCGAAGAAACGCGAGCUAUUACAUUGCCUGGUUUUCAUAUAUAUAUAUAUAUAUAUAUAUAUAUAUAUAUAUAUAUAUAUAUAUAUAUAUAUAUAUAUAUACAGUUUUUUUUUUCUUUAUGUUGUACAGCCACAAAAAUGGUAUUCCCUGGCUAGGUCAUAGCAGCCAUAUGAGUGCCAUAAAAACAAGUUAAUACGAUUUAAAUAAUUAACGUUAGUAAAAAAAAAAAAAAAAAAAAAAAAAAAUAUAUAUAUAAAGUAACUAAAUAAAAAUAUGAAAUACUACGAAUAUAACGAUGAGGAGGAGAAAAAUAAAAUCAUUUUGUAAAAGAAAAUAUAAAUUCUCAAAAAAUAAAAUAAAAAUAAACAAAUAAAUAAAUAU